UAAUCUGAUUUUAAUGUUUACAUUCAGUGCGGAAUUAGACCGAAUUAGAGCGUUAUAAACGCCGGUAAAUUGCGGCCGUUGCUCCACCCUACUACUAUACACACAGCGCGCUGUCAAAUAAACCCGUCAGUAAAUCUCCAUAAAACCGCUGUCAUUCGCUAAUAUACGCGAUAAUACGCACGCAAAAGCAGGCGUUUUGGACGCGUUCACACACAGCGUCGUCAGGUGCUGCAGCAUCCAUUAACGCCCACCUAGAAGAGCACCAGACAAGAGCUGCGCUUACAUCCGAGAUGGCAAAAGCAGAUCAACGCUUUGGGCAAAGAGAUGGAUCUGAUCAGAACUUUGAUUACAUGUUCAAACUCCUGAUUAUUGGCAACAGCAGUGUAGGAAAGACCAGCUUUUUAUUCAGAUAUGCAGAUGACUCUUUUAGCAACUCUUUCGUCAGCACGGUCGGCAUCGACUUUAAGGUGAAGACGGUUUACAGGAACGACAAGAGAGUGAAGCUCCAGAUAUGGGAUACAGCAGGACAGGAACGGUAUAGAACUAUUACUACAGCUUACUAUAGAGGAGCCAUGGGCUUCAUCCUCAUGUACGACAUCUCAAAUGAAGAGUCCUUCAAUGCAGUGCAGGACUGGGCAACACAGAUUAAGACCUAUUCAUGGGAUAACGCUCAGGUGAUAUUAGUGGGGAACAAAUGUGACAUGGAUGAAGAGAGGGUGGUGCCUUUUGAGAAGGGCAAACACUUGGCCGACCAGUUAGGGUUUGAGUACUUCGAAGCCAGCGCCAAGGAGAACAUCAACGUCAGACAAGUAUUUGAGCGCUUAGUUGACAUUAUCUGCGUGAAGAUGUCCGAGAGAGUCGAUACGGAUCCAUCCAUGGUCACCGGUGCCAAAACCACCCGGCUAACCGAUAAGCCGCCCCAGCUACCUCAGAAUUGUUGCUGAUUUCCAUCUCAAUUCAUAUGCCAACUUAUCAGCAGCGGAUCCGAUGUUGUUUGAUGUUCUGUUAUAUGGCGAUUGGAACCAAUCUGGGGUGCGUUUCAUAGUAUGAUGCAUCGUUAGAAAAACGUAACUAGCCAGUGACGAAAUCAUAGUAACGUGGUCGCACCUUCAUCAUUUUAACAAUAUAAAAUUGUCGUUAAUGACGCACCCAGGUAGUGGAGUAAAAAAUUUUAAAAUCACGUUUACACACUAUUUAAUUGGCGUAAAAUGUACUUCUCCACAACGUAAUUUUUCUACAAACGUAGCAUCUGAGGAUUACUUAACUAUUUUGUUCCCCUCGUUUUUCUUUAUUUGAUGUACGAUUCAUCGCGUGUUUACUUUUGCAGCACACUCCAGGGUUCUCGUGUGCAUUUACGUACAUGCGCACUCUUCGAAAAUGCAUACAAAAUAAUGUAUGUACAUUAAGACAACAUGCUAACAAGAAUCUAUGCUUCUAACCACAGGAAGAGAGAGCUGUAGCUCCAACCACACAAGUUUUCGAUGCUGUUUGCGAAUAUUCGUUGGAACUAUGGUUUCGGGAAACACCGAAUCAUUGAAUUACGUUGAUAACGACUGAACUUGCGACCAUAGUUGGCUAACAAUGCUUCGGGAAACGCACCCUUGUUCGUUUGUAGCUGUCAAACAUGUGAAGUAGUUCAGUAAUAAUAGUACACUUCUAACUUAAUCAGUCCAUAGGAAACUCAAAGCAGGGACUAGAGCAAAGCACAAAAACUACUACUUGGCUCUCAGAACUUGUGUUCACUGCCGAAACUAGAUUUAAAACACAAUCUGUUGUGGCACAAUCUUGCUAAUCUUAUGAAUUAUAUAUUGAGUGUAGUAUAUGAGUACUUUUAAGGGAUAGUUCACCCAAAAGUAAAAAUUC